AAUAAUAUUUCCAAGCAUUUUAAAUGUGUUUUUGUUAUUAAUUGGCAAAUUGGAAGAUAAUCAAUUAACUCUACCACUAACUGAAAAUAAAUUUCAUAUAUCUGGAGUUCUAUAUUAUAGCAUUCUCAGUUAUCAAAUAAUAUUUAUUAUUAUUGUAACAGUCAUUGGUAGUAUUACUUUCUCAUCUUUUUUGAUUUUCAUACAACACGCUUGCUGUCAGUAUACAAUUAUAAAGUACGUUUCUUGUGAUAGAGUAAUUUUUUUAUUUAAUUGUGCACUGAUUAUGUACUCUAGAAUAUCGUUAAAAUGUUCAUUUUGAAUGGUAGAUUGAAAAUUCGUCAACCAUUUGAAAAAACACAAAACUACAAUAGAAAGUGUUUAUAUUUUGUUACACAAACUGAAGAAUACAAUUGGUUAAUCGAUAUUAUCAAUCGACAUAGAAAAUGUAUUGAGUUUGUUGACAUGCUUAGAUACGUCUCAAAUGAAGCAUAUUUUAUUGUUGUUUUUCUUGCAAUGAUUCUAUCUGUUUUUAAUUUUUUGUGCAUAAUGGAAUAUUCUGAAUUAUCGAAAAAUAUAAUAGACAGAAUUGAAUUCAGCAUGUAUGUUAUUGGCUCAUUUUUUACAAUAUAUAUUAAUUUCUACCUUGGACAAAAGCUGUUAAAUUAUAGCAAUGCGGUAUUUGCUGAAUUAUGUAACAUUCCAUUUUACACUAUUUCUAAAAAUACACAAAAAUUACUUUUAUUUAUGUUAAUGAGAAGUGGAAAACCUUCCUUUCUAUCAAUCGGAAAUAUGUUUAUCUCAUCUCACGAAGUAUUUGCUAGUUUAAUGCGUAAAGCAUUCUCUUUUGCGAUGGUUUACUACAACGUUGAAUAAAAUUUCUAGUCUAUUGAUUAAAAUAAAUCAAAUAAAA